AAACAAGGAUAUAUGUAGACUAGUCAGACUCAUCUUCUCUGUAUCUUUUCUUGCAUACUAUCAUUCGUCUAAAACGUUUCCAUGUUCACCAUGUCAUCUCUGCGUUUGCAUAUUCUCUUGGUACACUUUCUUUGUUGUGUCUUUGCCUCAAGCUUCAUAAUGACAAACCCUCUUGUUUUUGGACUUGCUGCUUGUCGUCCCGACCAGAUACAAGCUCUUCUCCAGUUCAAAAAUGAGUUUGAAUCCGGGGGUUGCAACCUCAGCAGCUACUUUCACGGUGUCAUGUGCGAUAACACAACUGGUGCGGUCACUAAGUUACACCUACCAAAUGGCUGCUUCACUGGAAUGAUCAAAGCCAACAGUAUCCUCUUCGAGCUGCGUCAACUUCGUCACCUCAAUCUCUCCCACAACAACUUCACUUCCUCUUCAUCACUCCCUUCUAGAUUCAGCAAUCUCAACAAAUUAGAGGUUUUGUCUCUUUCCUCUAACGGCUUCCAAGGUCAAGUUCCUUCCUCUUUUAGUAACCUAACCAAGUUAACCCAGUUUGAUCUCUCGCAUAACGACCUCACUGGUGGUUUCCAACUAGUCCAGAACCUCACCAAGCUUUCCAUGUUAGACCUUUCCUACAAUCACUUCUCUGGAACCAUCCCUUCUUCUUUGCUGCUCACUCUACCUCUCUUGUCACAUCUCGAUCUCCGCGGAAACUAUCUCACUGGCUCCAUUGAAGUUCCCUCCUCGCCGUCAUCGAGGCUUGAGCACUUGUUCCUUGGACAUAACCAUUUCGACGGACAAAUACUAGAGCCUAUCUCAAAGUUAACAACCCUCAAAGAACUUGUUCUCUCUUUCAUAAACGUUAGCUACCCUAUUGACUUGAGAGACUUCUCCUCUCUCAAAUCUUUGCUGAACCUUGAGCUUUCCGGUAAUAUCUUAUCGGCCACAACAAGUCUGAUAUCAGGUUCUGAUGUUCCACCAAAUCUUUACCGGUUGAUGAUGAAGGGCUGCAACAUCAACGAGUUCCCUAAGUUUCUCAAGACCUUACAGAACCUAGAGCGUUUAGACCUUUCCGACAAUCAGAUCAAAGGGAAAGUUCCAGAGUGGUUAUGGAGUCUUCCCCGGUUGAGCAUAGUGAGUCUAAACAACAACUCAUUCAACGAUUUUGAUGGUUCUCUUCACAAGUCAUCAGUUACAAUGCUAGAUCUUAGUUUCAACAACUUCACAGGAUCCCUUCCUGAUCCACCACUCUCUAUAAAACUCUUCUUGGCAUCAAGAAAUAGUUUCACAGGAAACAUACCUCUUUCAACUUGCGACCGAAGCUACCUAGAUGCUCUUGACCUAUCCUACAACAACUUCAGCGGCGCAAUUCCUCAGUGUCUUAGUAAGUUCAAAAUACUCAAUCUCAGGAAAAACAACUUGCAUGGAAUCAUUCCCAAUGCAUUCUCUAGCAGCUCUCCUCUACAAACACUUGAUGUUGGAUACAAUCGAAUACGCGGACAGCUUCCUAGGUCUCUUGUGAAUUGUUCUUCUCUAAGGUUUCUGAGUGUGGAUCACAACAAUAUAAAGGACUUAUUCCCUUUCUGGCUUAAGGUUUUACCGGAUUUGCAAGUCCUCACCCUAAGUUCAAACACAUUGCAUGGUCCUAUAUCUCCUCCUCAAGGACCUUUAGGGUUUCCUGAGCUGCGGAUACUUGAUCUAUCAGACAACAAGUUUACAGGAAGUUUGUCUCCAGAUUACUUUGUGAACUGGAGUGGAUCAUCAUCAAACAAGAUGUAUGGAGAUGGAGAGAUGUAUAUGGGAGACUAUACAAAUGAUCUCUACAGCUAUUUUUAUGGUUUGGACUUGCAAUACAAAGGUCUUAAUAUGGAGAAUAAAAUGGUAAAUACUUUCUAUACAGCUAUUGAUUUCUCUGGAAACAAUUUUAGUGGACAGAUUCCAGAAUCUAUUGGUUUCUUGACGGCACUCAUUGCUCUAAACCUAUCCAACAACUCUUUCACCGGCCACAUCCCUAUGUCUUUUGCGAAUCUUACAGGACUAGAGUCACUAGACCUGUCUCAAAACAAACUCUCGGGGGAGAUUCCUCAACAACUUGGUGCCCUCUCGUUUUUGGCCUACAUAAAUGUCUCUUACAACCAACUCAAGGGUGAGAUACCAAAAGGGACACAGAUUAGUGGGCAGCCUGAAUCUUCCUUUGAGGGGAAUGCAGGGCUUUGUGGUAUUCCUCUCCAGGAAAGUUGCUUUGGGACUAGUGAGCCACCAACACAAUGGGAAAAGCAAGUAGAUGAUGAAGAGGAAGGAGAGGUGUUGAACUGGAGAGGAGUAGCAAUAGGGUAUUGGCCUGGAUUGUUGUUUGGAUUGGCAAUAGGACAUGUUAUUGCUUUAAACAAGCCGAGUGGCUAGUGCUUAUAAUUGGUUUGAAUAAGAGCAUAAACCGUUAGGGUU